AUGUUAGCAACAACUUCACCAAACUCGUUAGUCAUGAACCCAACUUCAAUGUUAGUAGAAAUGAAAAGCUUCAUUCCUUCUUCAUAUACUUUCGAAACAGAAAUCCAGAAGAUAAAGCAAGAACUUCUCCAAGGAGAUUUAGAUUGCACUGCGAAAGAUGAAACAAAUGAACAGUAUCUUUAUGAAAUGCAGGACCUGGUGGAACAUCUACCUAAACUUCCUGAAAUACAACAACAAAAGCUCACUAUUCCUGAAUUCGAUGAAAUAGAAGUGAAACCAACUGACUCAGUUGAAACCAAGAAGUUCAUACGUAAGGUUAACUAUGAGUUUCUUGGAUUUCAUUGCAACCACAAAGUCAUUGACAUAUAUAAAUCUGAAGAAUUUAAGACCUACGACAACUUUGUUUCGUUAGUUGCAAAAUGUGUAUGGCAGAUAAGAGAUAAAGAUAGAAGAGGUAAAGUAUGGAACGGACAAAUAAAACCAGCAGCCUUUGAGUUAAAGAAAACCAUUUACGCCUUAGUUGUACUUGCAGGACAAAUUUCAAUGUACAAUGCUAAAAUGAACCCACAAU